AUGUAUGCUGACGUCUCAAUCCAACCUCCAGAUGUCCAAGAAGUGCUGAGCUUCUUCACUAUCCAACACAACAUCGGUACCAACGACAUUUACCUCCACCAAGUCAGAGAGGUGGUCCAUGUUCAAGCUCAGGUGGUUGAAGGAACAAAUUAUAUUCUGACUGUGAACAUGGCAAGGUCUACCUGCAAAAAGGACGAUGCAAAUAAGGACGGUGCAAAGGAUGAAGAGCGUGUUAUUCAAACAGAACCUACAUUGGCUCAUUCUUACCAGUGCAAGUUUUCUGUGUGGCGCCGCCCAUGGCUCAACGACACCCGUCUGGUGGAGCACAAAUGCUAA